AUAUAAAUCCCUCGCCGCGAAGAAGAAGGUGGCUUUUUCAGAAGCCCAUCGCUAAGGUUAGAACGUGGAUUGCGAACAGAGCCCUUGGUAUGGCAACUUCAAAUGUUGUGCCAAAAAUAUAUAGUGGUGUAAUCGAAGAAGUGAUCAAGAAUGUACGCGACAGUUUCUUGAAUGAAGGGGUCGAUGAACAAGUCCUUCAAGAGUUAAAACAGAUUUGGGAAAGUAAGCUCCUGCAGUCAAGAGCUGUAGACUGGAUGCCAGCAGAGGGUCACCAGAUUAACAGACCACAGCAAUACACUUACCCACAUGGACCACCUAUCACCCAUCAAAUUCAGGCACCUAGAGAAGUGAAUAUUGCUCCUGCAGCUGUACCUGUACCUGAAGCUGCAACUCCCCAGCAAGCAGCUAGUGGACACACAGCCAUCUUGUAUCCAUCCACUCAUGCUCAUGCGAUAAGUCAAAUGACGGCUGCAGCCUCAGCAGCAACAAUGGCCAUUCCUGAAAACCUGUCCCAAAUUCAGCAGGGGAGUACAUAUGUAUAUCCCACAGCAAGGACGAUACACUCAACACCACAAGUUGGAAACCUUCAGCAGCAUGUUAUUAACACUGCACAACCUCGCACAAUUACUGGAACUCAACAAGUCAUUCGUGCACAGCCCCAAACUGCAAUUGUCCAUGGUGCUCAGACAUCUGCAGGCAGAGUCCCACAGCAGGUUAUUCAGAUGUCUCAGUUACAGACAGGAAAUAAACAUCCUUCAGGGGUGCCAGUCAUUCAAGUUGAUGGAGCUAAUGAUAGUGACAGUGAUGAUGAUGACGAUGAGGAUGAUGAUGAUGAAGACGAAGACAAAAAGGACAAAUCUCAAGAAGGAGGAGAAGAAGGAGCUGAAUUAGAAGACGAGGAUCCUCUUAAUUCAGACGAUGACGUGUCAGAUGAUGACCCUACGGAUUUGUUUGACACAGACAACGUUGUCGUGUGUCAGUUUGACAAGAUUUCACGCGCACGAAACAAGUGGAAGUUCCAUCUGAAAGACGGAAUUAUGAAUCUGAAAGGAAAAGACUAUGUGUUCCAAAAGGCAAAUGGAGAAGCAGAAUGGUAGCCUUUAUGAAAGGCGUUAGUAAUUAAUUGUUAAAAGGAUCAAAAGUGUAAAACUAGAAGAGAAAAAUGUCUAAAGAUUCCAACAAAAUGAAAACACAUCCAGUCAUUUCUUUUCCAUGGGGCAUCUGAAGUGAUGGCUUAAUAAACAUUGUUGCCGGUCUGAACGUUUGUAAGUGAAAUAUUACACGAACAUUAUGAAUUUGUGUUUUGUUUAUAAAGAACCAGUUCAUGUACAUGUUCAUGUACUUAGUCUAAACUACCCCAUUGUUACAGAGGACGCUUGCUGCUUAAUAUCUCUAUGUUAAGAUUUUCGCGGCAAUCGAAAGUGAAAGCUUGCUCUUAAGAGGAGAAUCGUCAUUUGUGAAAAUGGUAAUGUCAUCAUGUAAUGAGAUCUUUGAGACGGCGAGAAAAAUCAUUGCCAUUGUGAAAGAAAGCAUCGAAUGUUGGUUUAGUGAGAAAGAAAAACACCUACGUGCAAAAAAUAAUCUACAAAAGAAAGAGGAGGUUAUGGAUGGAGACGAUUUACUCGGAUUGUAGAUGACGAACUUUGGAAAACUCAGGCUUGAGCGAGUGAGAAGUAACGGAAAGAGAGAGAGCCUGGGAAGGAGAGUGGGUUGGUAAAUCUUAAAAGAAUGUAAGAUACCAGAGACUAGCUUUAAAGUGCCCCUACACAUGGUUUAAAGUUAUCGUUGUAAAAAAGAUUAUAUAUAUGUAGUUUAAAAAAAUAAAUGAUAAAUAAUAGAAGCCAUUGUUUAAUUUGGGAAAA